UCGGGCCGGCGCGUGCGUCGCGCCGUUUAUUUGGUGUUCGAAUUUCAGUGUUUUCAGUGCUUUUGUUUCGUUGGAUUUCUAUUGAGUGAAGUGUUGUGUUUUGUUUUUAGGAGCCAUCGAAUACAGUUAUUGACAACAUUGAGGAUCCCUGAAAUAACACUGGAGAAGGCAGAUUAUGCUGUUGCUUCGAAAUUAAAAAAUGCCGGCGUCAGACUCGCGACCGAAUAAUUCCAAGCAUUUAGUCAAAUUCUAAAGUUCCUAAAGUCCGUAAUCUAAGUUAGAGUAAAAACUAAAAAUGUAUAGUUCCAACGAAUUCCUCCAAAGUGCCGGCGUCAGCCGUCACAUGCAAGCGACAGGGGAGACACCGUCGCAAAAAACUAGUAUGAAGCGUCGCUCAUGCGAAGUUCCAUUGGGAGAUAUUUCUUAUAACAACUUUAAAGUAUCUUUAGGGGACAUAACUAAUUCUAAUGAAGACCCGAACUUCGACUGUAGGUCUCUCCGUUCUGUGCGUUCUGAGAACGCUAGAUCCUGUUACUAUAGACCGAUAGAUAGUCGUAGUGUGAAGAACUUUAGGUCCUCGCUAGCGGAUUUGUCAACUUUUUCUUUAUCGCGACCGCCGAGCUAUGACCAGCUCUCUAGGAGGUCUGUGGUCGAAGGUCCAGAGAUGGGGAUUACAUCGAGCAUCGAAGGAGUGCUGUGGUCAGAUGAAGAGGAGAACGAGUACUUCUACCAUGAGAAUAUCACGUCUGCUUGGAAUCAAGACUUGGCCGCCAUCAGACAGCUGCUAGAAAGCGAGACCGGCGGCACAAACUGUCCCAGCUGUAACAUGCCUUUCGACAAAGGCAAGAAGAGAAAGCUGAUCGACACCUGCGGCCACGAGCGGUGCUACGCCUGCAUGUUCAGAAACGAGGCCUGCCCGAUCUGCGCUCGGAACAGCCAAGGCAGACGCACCAUGGAACGAUACACUCCUUCCCCAAAAACCCCUGAAGAUUACAACCCCACAAGGCUACCUAAGCCUCCGAAACAGCCCACCAAUUUAGUCCAAAGCUGUCCGACGCCACCACAUACGAGGAGAAGAUUCUUCCUGAGUCCUAAAUCGCUGAGGAGUCCGUUCGCUCAGCGAGCGUCGAGACACAGCUCCGAGAAUCAUGUCCCUCUUUCAGGACUCCCGGAGGAAGGGCCCAGGAGCGCGGCCUGGCACAGUCUGGUGUUUAACAAGAUCAGGUCGUUGUGGUCGGCUCACUCGUCCGUGCCGCAGGGCCUCAACCAGCUGACAGAUGACGAAGGCGGCCACAUAAAGCAAGGUUUCGAGUCUCGGCGUCAGAAUGAUCUAUACAUGCGCCUGGGCCUGUUGCUGGGAGAGCGACGCUCGCGCAACAAGGCUCGCGAUAGUUGCACGUCGCUUGCGUCGCUUGAUGCGCAUUCGCUGUCGCAUAAUACUAGCCCGGUGUCAACGUUGACUGGCUCAUCAGAAGUAGAAGCAGCGACGCCUCUCGGCCGAGAUUCUCUAGGCUCUCUGGCUUCCAUGUCAUUGUCGGCUGCCAGCAAUUGUUCCUCUUCCAGCCCAGGUAGCAGGCGACAUUCGGUCAACACGCUACAAAACGGUAGCAGAUCAGAAGAGCUGACGCGGAUGUCUAGCGGGUUUUUCAAGAACCGAAAAACCGCCGCCCGACGCUCCGCUAGGGUCAGCAGCAAGCAAUCAUCCACGUCUGAGCUGAAGAAGGUGCACCCUUCGCCUCAGCUGACGUUACGACCCCUGUUCUUCGAAGUGCCGUCGACGGAUAACCAGGGAUGCUUCUCGGGGAGACAGUGGCUGAUGAAGGAUAUGGAGAAAGCUUUGGAGUCUAGUUCUUCAGGUAUCCUCAUCGCCGGCGGACCUGGCACUGGCAAAACCGCCCUGAUCCUCCAACUGGUUCAAUACUCCUGCUUCGGCCGCAAACGAAACCACGACUACGAGGAAUUGCGAGAGCAAUCCGACAUCCGGGAGGUCCUGCCUGAGGAGCUCACCGCUGGGAUGUGCACGCAUCUCGCCUCGCAUGUUGUCGCUUACCAUUUCUGUCAGGCUGACAACAACAGCACGUGUUUAGUCGGAGAGUUUGUUCAUUCCCUAGCAGCACAACUUUGUCAAGCACCAAGACUCCAAGCUUACAGAGAAUACCUACUAAGCGAGCCACAUCUACUAGCUUGCCUUUCGUUGAAGGAGUGUAUAGCAGUUCCGGAUCUCGCGUUCAUGAGAGGAAUUAUAGAACCACUCAUUAUACUAAGGAGGAAUGGAAGUAUAGACAGAUCGAAUAGUAUAAUACUCAUCGAUGGACUUUGUGAAGCGGAAUACCAUAGGCCGGACCAUGGACAUACGAUAGCAUCGUUCCUGGCUAAGCAUGUGACAGAAAUGCCUCAGUGGCUCAAAGUUGUAGCCACAGUCAGAACACAGUUCAUCGAAUUGACCAAGCAACUGCCUUAUACGAGACUAAGUUUAGACGAUUCAGAAAAUGUACAUAAAGAUUUACUGGAAUACUUUAAUAUGAGAGUACAAAAUGCACCAAUUAUAGAAACAAACAUCAAAUGUUCGACAGGAAAGAUGGAAGGAGUUCACAACUCAGUGAUGAAGUUCGCGCAAUAUGUUCUACAUCUGAGCCAAGGAUCAUUCCUGUUCCUAAAGUUAAUAUUAGAUCUCCUUGAAAGAAGCCAUAUCGUUGUAAAAUCAACGAAUUACAAAGUGGUGCCAAUAUCAUUAGCGCAGAUAUUUUUACUGCAAUUCAAUCUAAGAUUCCCAACAGUACAAUCAUUCGAAAAGGUCACUCACAUACUGAGCGUAUGCUUGGCUGCAUUAUACCCACUGACGUUGGUAGAGAUAUACUAUUCGGUGAAUUCGCUGUUAGUUGACAAAUUCCUACCCUGGGACGAGUUCUGCCACAGAUUCGACAGUCUGACAGACUUUUUAGUAAAGCGGAUCGACAAUACGUACAUGUUCUUCCAUCCAUCCUUUAGGGAAUGGCUCAUGCGUAGAGAUGACAACGAAAGUCCCAAAUUCCUGUGUGAUUUAAGAGCAGGACACUGUGGAAUUGCCUUCCGAUUGGCUAGAGUACAAUCGCCUCUAGAUCCAGAAAAGUCCAUGGAACUGGGACAUCACAUCCUAAAAGCCCAUAUGUACAGAAAUCUGGGCCCUGCACAGUUAGGGUUAUGUCCAAGGGACUUGCAAGCGAAUUUGGUAGCAAGCAGCUCUACUAAUGUCGGUGAAUCAAUCGCGAAUUUAAGGAACAUUUACACACCAAAUGUAAAAGUUUCAAGGCUAAUGCUGCUAGCGGGUGGUUCUCCCAACCAAAUCACCGACUGUCUUGGAAAUGCACCUCUACUAUGCAUGUAUUCGUACCAAGGUAUCUUGGCUAUGGUUGGUCUCUUACUGGAGUUUGGCGCUGAUCUCGAGAUGACAAACUCACAAGGCUGUACGGCGCUUUCUUUGGCGUGCCAAAGGGGUCAUACUGAUGUUGCCAGGAGGCUUAUAGCAGCAGGUGCAUCACUAAGCCACACAGAUACAGCCGAACAGACUCCCUUAGUGCACGCAGCCAAAAACGGCCACAGAGACACAGUGAUAUAUCUUCUCGGCUGCCAGACGGGGCGCGACGAUCGCAACCCAUUGGACUUCGACGAUGACAAUAUAGAACAAGUGGUGCCAGGGUCGCGGCACGCGUUGAUUGGCGCCGCGCAAAAUGGGCAUUUGGAUAUUGUUGAGUAUCUGCUUGAUACCGCUGAAUUAAUCCCCGACGGUAUCUGCCCAGUAACCGGCGAGACAGCCCUCACAGCGGCCUGCUCAACCGGCAACGCCGCCAUAGCCAACGCGCUCCUCAUCCGCGGCGCCACCCCCUACUCCCUCAACGCGCGCCAACUGUCCCCCCUCGCGCUAGCAGCGAAGAACGGACGGACGGCGCUCGUGCUGAGACUGCUGGACUCGGGAGCUGACGUGAUGGGUUCGGGGGGAAAGAUCCCGCUGAUACUUGCGGCUGCUGAGGGGCAUGUUGAUGUUGUUGAAAUGCUGUUGGAGCAUGGUGCUGACCCUGAUGCAGUUGACGCUGACGGAAUUUCUGCUCUUGGCUGGUCUUGUCUACGAUCCAGAAUACCAACUAUGGUGGCAUUGAUCGACAGAGGAGCUACGAUAGAUCAACCUGAUGGCAGUGGCAGAACACCUCUCGGCUUAGCGUGUGGUGGAUCAGCUGAGCUGGUAGAAAUACUCCUGGAGAAAGGAGCCUCAUUAGAGAGGGUUGACCACAGCGGACUAAGGCCUUUGGACCGGGCGAUCGGGCAACGGAAUAUUCCUGUCGUCAAUUGUUUCCUGAGAAAAGGUGCCAAGCUCGGUCCAACAACGUGAGUUAUGGCUUCGGGAAAACCUGAAUUUAUGCUAAUCCUCCUGAACAAGCUCCUCGAAGACGGCAACAUGCUGUACCGUAAGAACCGUCCUUCAGAGGCGGCCCACCGCUACCAGUACGCUCUGAAGAAGAUCAACCCGCUCAUCACCGAUGAAGGGUUGACCACACCC